CGUGGCUUCACUUCUGCUUUGGCGCGAGACACCCGAGCUCACCCCCUUCUUGGGUUGAGAUCGCGCGUGCGAAGUAGGUAGAGCAGAUCUCGAGAUCUCCGCUUUGUUCUCUUCACGAUUUGUGACUCGCUCUACUACAACGACGGUCGAGGACAAAGGAAACGGAGACUAAGAUUUUGAAGCUGUAAGGUGUCUACAUGGCCGUCAGAAGAGGACACAUAAGGUAUUUAAAAGUUUGUGAGGUUCAGAACCAGGGUAAUGACAGAGACUCACACAAGAGUGGCAGCUCAGUAAAGCAGGAAGUAUACGACAUGCCGAACGGUUACGAGGACCAAAUGGGCGAUGAGCCGAGUGAUGCGAAAACCAACCUGAUCAUCAACUACCUGCCCCAGAACAUGAGUCAGGAGGAGCUUCGGAGUCUCUUCAGCAGCAUUGGCGAGGUGGAGUCGGCCAAACUCAUAAGAGACAAGAUGGCAGGCCACAGUUUAGGGUACGGAUUUGUUAACUAUGUUAACCCUAAUGAUGCAGAAAGGGCAAUCAAUACACUCAAUGGCCUGAGACUACAGUCUAAAACUAUCAAGGUGUCAUAUGCCAGGCCGAGCUCUGACAGCAUCAAAGAUGCCAACCUGUACAUCAGUGGUUUACCCAAGACCAUGGCACAGAAGGAUGUAGAGGACAUGUUUACCCAGUACGGGCAUAUCAUAAACUCCCGCAUACUGGUCGAUCAGGCCUCGGGUCUGUCUCGUGGAGUUGCAUUCAUCCGUUUCGAUAAGAGGUCUGAAGCGGAGGAAGCCAUCAAGGAUCUUAAUGGAUCCAAACCAGCUGGUGCCUCUGAACCAAUCACAGUGAAGUUUGCUGCCAGUCCAAACCAGACCAAGAAUUCCCAGCUGAUCUCUCAGCUGUACCCCACUCAAUCCCGUCGGUUUGGAGGACCUGUUCAUCACCAGGCGCAGCGCUUCAGGUUUUCACCCAUGAGUGUUGACCACAUGAGCGGCGCCUCCGGGGUGAACGUGUCCGGCAGCUCUUCCUCUGGAUGGUGUAUCUUCAUCUACAACUUGGGUCAGGAUGCCGACGAAGGCUUCCUGUGGCAGAUGUUUGGUCCGUUCGGUGCUGUCACCAACGUCAAGGUCAUCCGUGACUUUAACACCAACAAAUGCAAAGGGUUUGGGUUUGUUACCAUGACAAAUUAUGAAGAGGCCGCAAUGGCCAUCGCCAGCCUGAAUGGAUACCGCAUGGGAGACAGAGUCCUGCAAGUGUCGUUCAAAACCAGCAAGUCUCACAAGUAAAGGGACUAUUUUUUUUUUUUUUAUCAUAAAAUAAUCUGAAAGUUAAUUGCUGUUUGUUCUAAAGAUUUCAGUUAUUGUUGACUGUCUACAUAAACAUAAUUCAUACAUCUGUGUUGGGGUGAAACAAGCUUGUGCUCUCUGGGGUUGAGCAAAAUCUAGAAUGUUGCAUUACUGGUUUUGUCCCUGAUGCCUGGCAUUUGUAAAACCCUGGACAAUGAAAAAAUUUCAGAUAUAAAUCGGAAAGUCUUUUUUUUUUUUUUUUUUUUUUUGCGCAAACACUGUUGCUCUUUCCCUUUUUCACACUGGACUUAAUGGUCCCAUUUUCUUCAUUAUAUUAUAAUAGGGGUGGUGAACGUCAGUCCUGGAGAGCCGCAGCCCUGCAGAGUUUUGCUU